GGAUUGCAUCUAUCUCGUUCGAGCGGAUGGAAGAGCAGGAAGGACGGCAGUGCCAAGACAAGCAGCAACGAGAUCUGUGAGAGCAACAGACGGUAGGCACGCUCCCUCGAGACAAGCACCCACCACUGGACGCUGUCUGUUUGUUGUUCCCUGUUUGUGAAGAUGGCGUGCCGCUGCAUCAGCCUCGAGGAGCUUGUCGAGGUUCUCAGGAGGUCAUUCUCCCCUCAUGAGUCGGGUGAGAAUACAUGUGCAGGAUUGCAAUCAUUGAAAUCAGCAUGAUUCGAUGCAGAGGGGCCACUUUGUCACGAGUUUUCUCUGUUCUUGCCUUUCUGCAGAGCGCAAACACUCAGAGAAGAGGUCAGAAGAAAUCGACAAGGCGCCGGGACUAAUGUGUCAGCUCCUCGACAUUGUCGUAUCAUCUGAGGUAAAUACAUCACUGAUUGACCCCCCGAGGGACUGUUCUGUGUGUGUGCGUGUGUGUGUGUGUGUGUCACCUCCUUCAGAUCGAUGAGGCGAUCCGGCUGGCUGCUGCUGUUGCCCUCAAGAAUCAGAUCCGGAAGUGGUAUUGAGAGAAGAGAGGAAGUCACUGGCGGCGGAAUGAUGCAGUCUCUCAUCUCGCCCCACAGGUGGAAGGACCCCGAGGACGACCUGAAACAUGAGAAAGAGAUCGACGAGCGGCACGCGGGACAAUCAGAACAGGACAGAGCCAUUCUCAAGGAGAAGAAAAUCGGCUUCAGGGAAGGAGAGAAGCAGCCUAUACGUUCCAAGAUUCUAAACGCGAUGGUGAUAUGCACCAAGCAUAAUCUGAGGUGCAUUAAAGGGAGAUGUACUGUUCCAACCAAGGCACUUCAUCACUUGGUAACUUGCCCCUUCUUCUCCCGCCUGCAGGGCUCAGCUCGAUGAGUGCAUCAGGCUGAUAGUCUUAAUCGACUUCCCUGACUACUGGCCAGAGCUGCUCGACAGCAUCCUUCUCGUACGUGGCCGCACACACCGAGGCACCUGACAUUAUCCUCAUUGCCUCUACUGUCAGGCGCUUGCAUCGAGGGAUCAGAUGCAGACCUACUGCGCACUUCUUGUUCUUAGGCGGCUUGUCAAGAAAUAUGAGGUCAGUUCAGAGAAAGAACAGCCGACUGCAGUCGUGAAAGUAAGUGGUCGGGCUCUCCUGUCUCUUCGUUCUUCUUAGAUGAAGACCGAUGACAACAGGUGAAAAAACUUGCAGCGUUCGUUACCUGCCGUCCCACCUGCUUUGCCUUUCCAGAGAGCCACUCACUGUGAUCAUGCAGAAGACCGUGCCGGUCGUUUUGCCUCUUGGCGUUGAGCUGCUUCGGAUGGGCUUGAGAAGCCAAGAUUGUGCGAUUAUGCUCAAGCUGAUCCUGAAGUGAGCCUGCACAAGAGAAAGGGCACUUGCACGCUCUACAUUCAUUCACUGCAGGUAUUAUUUCUCAGCAACACAAAUGGCGCUUUCGAAAGCCCCCGCGAUACGGCAAACAGCCAACCAGUGGAUGCAGCUCGUAGAUGAUGUUCUCCGCGAGCAAGGUGCGGACUGCUGCAAAGAAUGCGCAGGCAUUGCCUGCUCGAGAGAUUCUUGUUUGUUCAUAGUCCCCUCUGAGAUUCUUCCGCCGGACGUGUCGAUGCGAGAGGACUUGGCCCAAUACAAGCUGAAGAAGUGGGCGCUCCAGAUCGCGUACCGCUUCUUCACGCGGUACGGGAACCCUUCGUUCGUGUCGGAUUCUGAAGACAAGGACUGGGCCCGCCAGUUCCUUGGUAACUGGGCAACAAAGUUCCUGAAAUCGAUGCUUUUUCUGCUUGAUGAAGAGGCGCAACAGAGAUGCUGGAUCAGCCGACGUAUGCUCAACAUCAUUGUAAGUUACAAAUCACCUAUCUUGUGUACAUCUUCUGCAUUUGCUUGCGCAAACCGCAGCUUCAGUACCUUUCAUCGUGCCUGGAGCACGUUGCGACCUACGAGGCCCUGAAAGCCCACAUUGCCCCCAUCAUCUCCCACGUAAUUCUUGUACUCGCCUUGGAUGCUAUUUCCGUAUCCUCUCUUGUUUCAGGUUGUAUUCCCGCUCCUGUGCUACGACGCGGAUGACGUGGAAACGUGGGAAGAUGAUCCGGAGGAAUUUCUCCGAGGAGAGGAGGACGUCUUCGUGACGAUGCAGGUCUCGAGCAGGAGCAGCUUUUUGCACUCGCACCAUCUUCAUUCAUCUCUGUAGAGUCCAAGAGAAGCGGCCGUUGAGUUCUUGCGCGACUUGUGCAAAUAUCGCGGGAAAGGCAACUUGACGACUAUCCUGAAUCAAACACACGAUAUUCUUCGAAGGUAGAUCAAGAUGCCAGUGAUUGAAACGACUUAAGUCAUCGUGCCUUUGCAGAUACCAAUGCUCAUCACAAAGCGAGCAAGCAAACAUGGGGAUGCUGAAAGUUGGCGCUCUCACAAUGGUACGUUGACCCACCAGAUCUUCCUCACGCCGCUUGCAUUUGUCUUAGAUCGAGAGUGUCGCCGAGACAGUAUGCGACAAGAAACGGAGUCUGCCGAUUGAACAGCUGAUCGAGAUCCACAUUUUGCCCGAUGUCCGGAGUCAAGACAAGUUUCUUCGCUAUCGAAGUCUUCGGUAUGUUACCAGAAUGGAGAAGGUGCAACAACACUCGCUCUAAAUUUCGAUUCUUCAUCGUCCAGCACGUAUUCAGAGCUCCUUACUGCCCUGUCCAAAAAGAAGAACAUCAGCAACCCCCUGCUGCACCUCAACUUCUUCUCUUACCUCAUUGCGGCAACGGAGGAUUCUGAAAAACCUGUCAGGGUUGCGGCGUGCGUUGCCUUCAAGCCGUUCUGCAAGACAAAAGCGUUGAAACCCGUGGUUCAAAAGGUAACCUUGCGCGGAGACAGAGACAAAGGCUUUUUACGGAGGGAUUCCGCGCUGUCCAGAACAUUUUGACAUGCCUCGACCGGCUACUAUCCGCCAUCUAUUCAACGGACAGCGAAGAUCUCGUAGAAACUCUUGAGACGUUAGUGGAGAACUUCCAGGUGAGAGAAACAAAAUGAAAAUCGACACGUAACAAGAAAUACGGUAAUGCUUGUUGACGACGACUUCUAGACUGAAGUAGUCCCCUUCGCUCAGAAGGUUAUCGAGGGCCUAGUUGUAGCUUAUCUUCGCAUGCGCGAGUCAGAGGACGGCGAGGCAGAUUUGUCGGCGUUUGCUGUGAUGAAGACGAUUCAAACCGUCUUGGAGGCGUGUCCGGACCCGAAGAUCUUCGUGUCUCUUGAGUCGGCCCUUUCCCCUUUUCUUUGCAAAGUUUUCCAGCCUGACGCGAUCGACUUUCUUGAGGACGUACGCUGACACGAACAGAACGGACUCUCCUGGCUGGUUUUCGCCUGCCUCCUAUCUCUUACUGCAGGGAGUGUCCAUUUUGGCGUUUUUGACGUCCAACGAGCCGAUUUCAAGCGGACUCUGGCAACAUUUUGUGCAUAUCCAUCGUGUCGUCUGCGGCAGGUGGGUGUGUGGAGAUGUCUGAAAAUCGAUUCCUUUUUCCGUUUUGCUGCAUCGAUUCAGCCCAGAGUUUCCCUUUCAUUGUCAACACGGAUGGGCAACGGACCUUGUAACAUGGGGACGAGGGUUUUUGCAGCAACGCUUUUCACUAAUUUUUCUUUCAGGUUGAGUUCAUGAUUCCAGUGAUCGAAAAUUUCGUCUACCACGGCCUCGAGGGGUUUCUACACGUAGGACACGUAGGGCCAGAGACAAGAAGUGAUUUGGUCGAGUGUUUUGGUCCCUGCCCUUUCGUGCAGCAUCACGACCGUGCCGGAAAGAGCUUUGUCGCGCUUCUGAUGGAGAUGGCUGUCCGAAUCACAGACACUAACCGCGUUUUGGAACUCGUCAACGUUCCUUGCAUCAUCAAUCCCCUAUUUGAGAAGUGCGCCGUUCUCGCGAUUGAGACGGGGAAAGGCGCCGGUGGAGGAGGCCCCAUCGACAACCUUAUCGAUCCUGUACUGCGCAUGACCUGGGGCAUCAUGAAGGACAAAGGAUGGAAUGCAGCCUCAACCGAAGAGGACUGUGACUUGAUUGCCCGGGACUACCAGAUGGCCGUUUUCUCGUUGUGGGGAAACAUUCUUGCUUACGACCCUCUUCUGUUCGUCUCGUGCACAAUCGAGGUCUGCCGAAUGUCUUGAAUGGGCCUAACGAGCCAGAAUGGUGUCUUCUUUCUUUGCGUCAGAAACCCGAGCUGCACGGGUUAUUGGACACCUGGCUGAAUCUCGUCAGCAGCAUGUCUACGAAAAAGGGGUCAGCAAGGGAGUUUUGUUUUUGCGUUGUGACAGUGUUCUUCCCUCGUCAGGUUGCGAGUAAAAAAGCGGUUUGUCGUGGGGAUGACCCGGUUGGUUCAGCUCGUCAAGCUUCCAGAAUCAAACAUUCCCGACGCUUUCCGAAACACCCUCCAACCAGCAAUGCCGCGAAUUCUCCAGGCAGUUGUGAGAGAGUCGGAAUCGCUUCACAGGUAAGCCUCUGCAGCCUCUUCCUUCAGGUGCGCAACAUACGCAUCGCGUGUUGUGUCCCUUAGACUAAAGAAGGAGAACCAAGGAAAGGAAUCAGCAGCCGCAAAGGCGAACCACCAGGCCGUUCCUACAAACACAGAAGGCGAAAACGGUGAGAGCGGAGAUGAGUGGUCGGACGAGUCACCGGAGUCAGAACAAGAUCUUAAUGACGACCAAGUGAGCGAGAAAUGCUGAAAGAUGCCUUCAUACUCGUGGUCGGCCAUAUGAUGGCAGGAUGCGGACACUGCCAAAAAUCGAAUAUACAUGCACAAGCUCAAUCAGGCAACACUCAAUGAUAACAAGAUUGGAGCCAAAGCAUCUGAUUGACUUGACGGUUUUUCACUUGAACUAGAUGGGUGAUGGAGACGACGACGACUCAGACGAAGACUACGAGUGAGAGAUCAUGUAUACAUGAUUACGCGUCCUGCUCAUUGUGUCUUUGCGCAGUGGUGAAGAAUCUGAAAGAGCUCAACAGCCUAUGGAUGCCAUCGACGAGUUGCAAUUCGUCAGAGAUGUCAUAUCGACGCUAUGUCCUGAUGUUCGAGCUUUGUAGCAAGUCGACCGAACCAGUGAAAAGGCUACAAAACACUGUUUUCAUCAACUACGCCACUUCACGGACGGAAAAGCACAAAAAUCUGGAGACGUGGCACGCCACCGCAUAAUCAGCGCCUACUGG